UGCUUUUACUGUUUUUGUUUUUUUAAAUCUAACUCCACAAAUUAAAAACAGGGGCAGUAAACAUAACACCAAAUAAGUUAAAAACACGGGUUGAAACAUUAAAGAUCUCUGUAUCUUUCAGUCAGACCACAGAAAGGGAACUCAGCAUACAAUGGAAAAUUCUCCAGUUCUGGUUUGUAAAGAGUUCUCCACUGUGGGCUCAGCCUCUCGGUCCACACAGAAGUUGCUCUAUUGCACAAGCUCGUUCUGUGGAUAGUUUUUACACCAUAGAACAAGAGUCGCCUCUGUGUUGUGUGGCAGGUCUGCUCCUGAACACAGGGGGCGCUGUUGUGCUGUGUUGCUGCUGGAAAGAAAAACACGGUCCAAACUGGAGCUUCCGUGUCGCCAUCAUAUCAACAAAGAGUCCACAGCGCUGCUCCUCACACACACACACACACACACACACACACACACACACACACCUUAGAGACACAGUGAUGUAUGUCAGAUAGCACUGCGGCGUGUGUACAGCUGUCACUCGUGUGUUCAGGACAGAGUCCGUCUCUCCGUGUCACAGGCGUUGAGUGAGUGCUGACAGUGACGAUGUCGAUGGCCGCGGACUUCCACUCUCAGAUAGCCUCCAUCAUGGAGGUCCUGGCUAACGCGGCCGUCGCAGAAAUUUGUAAAGUUGUUGACGACGGCUACGCCGUGGUUCAGCUGGAAAUGUCCCGGAGCCAGAAGGAGAACGAGUUCCUGCGAAGGAAGAUCAAACUGCUGGAGCUGCAGGUCACCCGCUACCGAGCGGAGAGAGUGAAGGGAGCGGAGGGCUCCAUCAGCAGCCGCUUCCCCGGGGUCCGCCUCCUCAACCGGCAGAGCAGGGACUCAUUGGCCGGGCCCUCUCUGCAGGGCAGGACCAGGUUUUUGAACCGAGGUCCAGGGAGUCAGCAGACUGUGCAGAAGACCCAGCCCAUCAACCUGGACCAGGAUCCUGAUCAGGAGGUUGUCACCACCACCAAAACUGAGUCAGCAGAGCCUGAGGAGGACACGGAGCUCCUGAUAGUCAAGGUGGAGGGAGCAACAGAGGCCGGAACUGCCAACCACGAGGUGCCAGCAGACGCCCGCAUCAGCAGCAGAGGAGAUGCAGACACGGUCACAUCGCUCCCGGUCGCCCCGGAGGACGCCGGCGAGGGACGUCCAGACAGACGCCGCAGCGAAACGGAGGGCCAGGGAUAUCUGACAAACACGAGCAGCCCUCAGAGCAAGGAGGAAAAGAUGGAUGAAGUGCAAGGUGACACGUCAGAGAAACACAGUCCCUCCCAAACGCUGGUGGAAUGGCAGAGCAGCGAGAAUGAAGACACAGAGCGGCCAUCUUGUUCCACAUACGCACCAGAAAGCGUAGCAGGAAACUCAUCAUUCAGCCAAAUAAGGACAAACCCCUCCUCCAGUUGCCCUGCUGUUUCUAAAAGGCCUCAGUGCGACGUGGACCAGGCAAGCCCUGCGUCGAAGCUCGACGUCAUUGUGAUCAACUCGCUUCCCCGUGCAGCAGAGGACGGCAGCAGCAGUGGGGCGUUGUCAUCUGUACGAGGUGGAGAUGAUGGAGCCGAGGAAGUGACGCCUCUCAUAGGUCAAAGCAACGCCGCUGGGAGGUCACAGUAUCCGCCGCUGCUGUGCAUUCAGAUCAGUGAGCCAUCCAGUGAAGCCAUGUUUCAAGGUAACAUGCACAAUCACAUUAUGACAGGUAAUCGUAUUUCUACCUUUAACAACCCCCCUGUUACCAUGGGAACGGUGGACUCUCAGCAGCAGGAAACCCAGCACUCUUGGUCUGGAAUCCGGCCGAUAGACAGUAUCCACUUCCCCAGUCAGAACCACCUUUAUCAAGCGUCUAGCAGUCAGAACCAGGACUCUGGAUCAGCACAGUCCCUGCAGCAGCCCUGCCUCCCCUACGCCUGCACCUUCUGUUCACGUCGCUACGCCCACCAGUGCCAGCUGCGCAUCCAUGAGCGCGUCCACACUGGGGAGAAGCCUUACCAGUGCACCCAGUGCGGAAAGAGCUUCGGGCAGGUCUGCAGCCUCAAGAGGCAUCAGAUGGUCCACACGGGGGAGAGGCCUUUCCCCUGCCCCCACUGCGGGAAGCAGUUCUCCACCUCCACCAAUCUGAAGGUCCACCAGAGUGUUCACACCGGGGAGAAGAGGUUCCACUGCUCCAAGUGUGGCAAGAACUUCUCCUUCCUCAGCAACCUCAUCAGGCACCAGGCUCUGCACACCAGCAAGUAGAGCACAUCAUACAGGGCUGAGUCUGCUUUAUGAACAACAACCACAACCAGCCGAGGCCAUGACAUUAAACUGUUCAGGUGUCAGAUUAUUGUGGAUAGAUGAUUUGUCUGGUCUUCAUUUCAGCAGCAUUUUUUUUUUUUGUCAACAUUUUACAUUCAGUGUUUUUCUUGGGAUUCACUCUGGAAUGUGAAUCUCUGACAGUGUACAUUAGUCUUCCUGUAGAUGAUGAUUUGUACCCGGCAGAGUGGCAGCAGAUUGGAGCUGACUGUGGUGUGUAAGUGUUCAAAGAAACUCAAAGAGAACACCUCGUCAUGUCCUCAUCGGUGCAGGUCGUGUUAACAGCUCGCUUUUCUUUGAGGUCGUGUAAAUGUAACUUACACUCAGACAAGCUUCAAUUCAAAUCAAUUAAAAGGAAACUGGUGAAAAAUGA